CUCCACUUCUUUUGGCCGUUUGGCCGUCUCCUCUCAUCCUCGUCCUCUUCCUCGCAGGGCGAGUCCCACAGGGAUCUAAAAAGACAAGCUCAUGGCGAUGCAAAAUGAUCGCCCUGUCACGAUCCUCUCCUCUUGGCCUGAUGUGCUGCUGGGACCGACAGCGUAGCAGCAGGGCAGCAGACCCCCCCACGAGUCCACGACCAGGCCUCGAGACGGGCGGGUCGCCUGAGUGUGGGGAGUCGCAGGGGAGCAGGCCAUGCCGCUUUGGGACGGGCUGGUGUGACAGAUGCUGUUUGAGCCUCAUCCAAACCUCGUCUCAGAGCACCUGAGGCCACCCCUUCCUGGCUGUUCGCUCUCGUUUGUUUUCAAAAAUGGCGCCAAUAAGCACUCUACUUUUCUCUCCUCACCUCUAUUUGCCCCCUCCCUCCAUCCUAUCCUUUCCAUCUCCGCCACCAUCAUCGACCUGAGUGAGUGACACGGCCAGCCAUCUUUCUUUCUACCUUCUUCUUUUCUCUCGACACUCGCUGGACGGUGACUUUUAUUACGAGGCAACUGGAAUUGCCUACGACGCUCAUUAACUCCGGCUCAAACACACACGAUCAUCAGAGUCAACCAGUCGCCAUGGCAUCAUCAUCAUCACCACAGCACAAGUACGAGAACGUGCAGCUGGACCACGACCCCGACCACGACCACGACUCGAGGUCCAGCACCGAGGUCGAGUCGCUGAUCGGCGACGAGAAGUCAUGGCGGGCGCACCAGCACGAGCGGAGGUCGAAACGGUCCAAGCUGGCCUGCAUCCUGCGGUCGUCGCGGUGGAUGCUCGACACCACGCUGCUGCUCAUCAUCGUGGCCCUGCUGGUGCGCAACGAGAUGCGCGAGGAGCCCGCCGUGCACGACCAGUGGCAGCUACUGGGCGACAUGACGGGCGUGGGCCCGCGGUUCCCCCAGAAGCUGGCCCGGUUCGAGUACGACACGUCGUACGCGCCCAUGAACACGUCUGAGUUCUUUACCAACGAGACGCUGGCCAAGUGGAACAACCUGAUGCCGAAGGGCAUGGGCUUCCAGUGGGUAAACGACACGCACAAGUACCACGACCUGCCCAAGCCCAUCGACUGGUACGAGGGCAUGACCGUCUUCACGACCUCGGUCACGCACCAGAUCCACUGCCUCUUCGCCAUGGCGCAGACGUACUCGGGCCUGUCGUCGGGCCACCCCAUCCCCGACGACCACCACUGGCACAUGAUCCACUGCAUCGCCUACAUGCGCCAGGCCAUCACCUGCGCCGCCGACACCGCCCUCGAGGGCCACGCCACCACCUUCCCCGACGACAACUCGGGCAGCGACGGCUGGGACGCCACGCACGUCUGCAAGGACUACGACCAGGUGCUGGGGUACCUCGAGAGCGUGAGGGCGUACGACGACCAGCUCAUCUACUGAUGGGGGCAGCUGUCCCUGUGCCCCGCUUGUUUUCGGGUUUGUCGUCUCGGCUGGGCUGGUUGGUUGGUUGGUAGAUCAGCCAAGUAGUGUUGUCACGGAACCGAGGGUCGAGACGCGCCUGUUUGCCCGCCGGCGUUGAUGGUUGGCAGUAUAUAAAUUAAUGACAUAAAUGAUCACAUGAA